GGAGCAAAGCAGAAAAAAGUUUUUGGUUUUGUCUAGAUCGCGGGAGGACGUCAAACACCGGCUCGUAAACGAAUUGGAAUUGUGCACACGAUAUUAAGUGUUCCAAAAUUUAAGCCAAAAUGUAUCGCCUAGCAUUGAGAAGGCCAUGCAGAGAUGCCGUACAGAUCACAUUAAGCCAAUAUAGCCGCAAAAACUACAGCAACGGGUUACCACCAAAUGUGCGGGAAGCCGGUUUUGGCAAAGUGUUGGUAUUCCUGUCUCCCCUUGUUGCUGCCGGUGGAGUAAUUGGAUAUGCGAAAUACGACCCGAAAUUUCGAAAACAAGUCGAAGAUAGCGUACCCGGUGCAGAGUACGUUUUAAAAGUUGCUCUAGAGUCCAAAGACCCUAUUGAAGAUAUAAGUAAACAGUUUGAUGGUGUAAAGAAGCAAUUCAAUAAUGUUACAAAAACAAUCGACAGUGCCACCUCUACUGUUACUGGCUGGUUUGGUGGUUCCGAAAAAUCAUCAACCAAAGUGCCAGAAGCUGUCCAAACGAAAACUGUUCCGCCAGCAAAGCCCGCUGCUCCAAGUCCUGUUAAAGAAGCACCAGCUGCCGCAAAGUCCGUUACUGCCAAACCUAGUGAACCCGUAAAAAUUGUAAAACAACCUGAACCUUUACCCAAAGAUGUAACGGAUUUGGAGAGUGCUGUUGAAGUGGCUGCUGCAUUGGCUGUUAAAGAGUACAACAAAGCGAUUGGCAUUCUAAAGAGCUUUAACAAUGACGUACGUAAAGUUGUUGAUGAAGCUAUUGAAAAUGUUGACACUUCCAUGUGGGUAUCUUUGAAAAAUAGGACUGGGGCUCGGGACACUUCCGUUGCCACCGCUGAAAAAUCGGCACGCGAAGCCAUCGAUAAAAUAGAAAAAUGUGAGAUCGCUCUAAGCAAAGCAGCAAACUCUGACAACCAUGACCAGAUAAUUGCUAUUCGCAAAAAAGUUAAAACUUUGAUGGAACACAUUAACCACGUGAAAGACGAGCUAUAUCAACAUAAGGAUCUUGCUACUAUGUCUGAAAAGUACUGGAGAAAUGUGGAAAAAGCCCGUAAUUAUUUUAUAGAAGAAAUCGAAUCUAUAUUCCCGGGUCUCAAUUUGUCUGAUCAAAAAUUGAGUCUUUCCAAGGAAGAUUUGGAUUUGUUCAUCAUGCAUGCCUACUCGCAUGUUUUGGCUUACCAAAAAGAACUUCAACGCUUGCAAACCGAUGGAGAAAUAAGACUAAAACGUGCCAUCGAUGCUUUCCGUGGUGAUAACGAAUCGGAAGCCGUUAAAGCGCAACUUGAAUACCUUUUGGAAGCAGAGAAACGCAAGCUGGCUAUUGAACAUCAGAAGAAGAUUUUCCAAAUUCGUGCUGAUUCGGAAAAACAAUUACGCCAGCAAUUGAAAAAGCAAGCUGAGGCACAUAUCGAUCACUUGAACGAUGCGCUCUCAAUGAAGGAGAGUGAAAUGAAGCGUAGUUUCACUCGCGAAUUGGAGGAUAAACUAGCAACCGAAAAAGCCAAUUACAAACUGCAACUUGCGGCAAUGGUUGGCAAAAUGCGUGGCAUGGAUGCCGCUUUGCAAGCACGCGCCGAGGCCGAACGUUCGGCUCACCAAGCGCAAGCUCUUUGGGCUGCAUGUCAGGCUUUGUGGGCUACUGUGAGCACUGGUGAACCCGGUGUACACUGGCGGAAUAAACUGCGACCUCUGAAGAGUGAAAUAAAGGCGAUCUCUAAAGUGGCUGAGGGCGACGAACUUGUUUCUGUUGUCAUACAAAAUUUGCCUACUACUGCCAGCGAACGUGGUGUAUUCACAGAAGAUGCCUUGCGUGAACGAUUCAUCAAUGUAGAGCGCGUCGCACGCAAGUUGGCCAUGGUACCCGAAGGUGGUGCUAGUCUCCCCAUCUAUUUUCUUUCCUACCUACAGUCUCUAUUCAUUCUGAAGCCUGAUGAUCCCAUUUCGCAAGACGAAUUACAAAAUAAACCAUUCGACUACAGUAAAUUGGACACUUAUGAUAUUCUGAAUAGAGCCAGAUACUUCGUUGACCGUGGUGAUCUGUUGCAAGCAUUGAAAUAUAUGAACCUACUGCAAGGUGGUCCUCGCCGUGUUGCUUGUGACUGGUUGAAUGAGACACGCUUAACGCUGGAAACCAAACAAGCUGCCAAUACGCUAAUGGCUCACGCUGCUGCUAGCGGCCUGUUAUAUUUGUAAACUAAAAUAAUUGAAUAAUUUAAAUUAUACAGAAAAUAAAUCCAUUAUGUGAGAACUUGGACAUUAUAAAAGAGGAAAAUUAUGAUAUUACAAUCAUUGUAACGGGACUUAUAUAUUACAAUCAUCCGUCAAAUCAAAUCAACAUUUUCAUUUGUUUAAUCCUUCCUUCCUUUAGCUGUAUUUUGAAAUUUAUUUUAAUUCACGCUUGUUGAUUUAGUUGCGCAUUCCGAAUGUAAAGAAUUGUACGAAUUGUUGCAAUGUUGAUAAAGAAAUAAAGAAGGUAUGCAAUAGUAAGGGAGCGAAA